AUGAGUGGAAAGAAGAAGGACGAUAGAUGGAUCGUUGAGUCUUGGGAGGCCGAUGAGGUUUUCGGCUUGCAAGACAUGGCAAGAGAAGAAAUCUACGAAAUCCCAUCAGAAGUAUCCCACAAAGGAGAAUCUACGACGAAACGGAACAGUCAACUUGAAAAAGAAGAAAUUUAUGACAACCCAAUUACGAAAGAUUUAAAGGACGAUGUAAUGGAAGAGGAUGAAGCGUUUGAGAGUAGUGGUCCUGAAGACGCAAACGAGCCGACAAUGGACUUCUUCAGAAGAAGGGGAACAGCGGGAAUGGAAGGGGCCAGAGCGGGCUGUCUACAAGUGGGCAAACGCUGGGCAGAAGCUCUCCUAAAGCUGGGCAGCGAUGAGGAUGAAGAAGAAGAAAGAGCGCCACUGUCAGAGGAAGAGAAGAAGAAGCAGGAAGAAGAAGAACUGAAGAAGAAAAUGGAAGAAGAAGACCAACCAGAUUUGGAGAAUGGCCUUUGCGCCUUCAUGAGACUCAUGGACCGAGUUGUCCGGAUUCCAGCCAGUCAGCUCGUAACCUAUUCUCCAGAAGCACAAGAGUUUUUGAAGCUCGGAGAUUUUCUCUUCGACUCUGUUGAGUUCAACAACGUGACACUUUCAAAGGAGGCGGUCACUUUGGCGACGACCUUUAUGCACAAGGUCCAACUCUACGAGUUGUCCCAACGGGAAGUGUUCGUCAAAUCCCGGACAAUCUGGUACCCCAUUUCGUCUGAGCACAUCGGCGCACUGAUCUACAUGCUCUCCCGAAUCAAAUGCCCGCGGAUAACCCCCGACUGCUUUGAGGAGGCGGAGCAACUCAUUCGGAAAUACUGCAGUGAUGCUCAUUGGGAACCUGUCUGGUCAUCCAUAAAAGAGCGGAACAUCAAUCAGCAGUACCGAAUUGAAUACACCGGAAGGCUACCGUUGUUCGAAGUAGCGGACUUUUUCGCAGAGGAUCAUUACAAUGACGAUAGUUUUUACUGGAACACCCAUUACCGUCAAGAUACCAAGAUGUCAAAAAGAGCUAACAUAGCUGCUGCAUCAGAAAUCGAUAGCAACAAAAGAAGCCGCCAGAAUCAAAUUGGAGAAGGAAAUCAGGGAUCUUUCCGAGAAGUCAAUGUGAGUUUACCAUAUUUUUCAUGGGCCAGACCGGGUCAAAAUGAAUAA